CCUUACUGCCUAAAGGGAAGUCUCUCCACGCAAGCUUGCUCUUAGGGUGAGGGUGCGGGGCACCGUUCGUACCAACUCUUCUUUUAAUGAACAACUUCAACUGCGGCCAAUAUCCUUUCCUAUAGGAACUCCAGCGCUCCCUACUGGGAUAUUGCAUGCUGUGCACACACAUGCAAGCAAAGCAUCUGAUAUUCCAUCCUGCAAAAAAAAAUUUUUUUAAAUCAGUUGCAUACACGAGUUAAAAAUAUUUAAUAUAUUAAAUAUAUUUUGCAGUCGGAUCAUUUACUGUGCACUUUGCUAACUGAAAUAGAAGAAAUAGCAGCACAAAUCAAAGCUCACCUUUUCUGAUUGCCCAGAUUAACAAUGUCUUCUGAAAGCAAUCAACGCCCUUGCAGCCUGAACAAGCCGGCAUUCAGUGAAAAGCAAGCCACUGAAUUGGUUGAAAGGGUGUAUGGAUUAAAGGUUUCUGAGGUCAAAUUGCUUCCCAGCUACGAUGAUCAGAAUUUCUGUGUGCGCGUUAAUGGGCCGGAAGGGAAAGGAGAGAACACUGAGGAAUUUGUCCUCAAAAUUGUCAAUUGUGAAGACAGCCAAAAUCCUGAACUCAUUGAGGUACAGACCCGGGUUAUGAUGUUUCUGAAUGGUGAGGGGUUUCCUGUGGCUACCCCCUAUUUCACUAAGGAGGGUGAAAUCAUGUUUCUGGAAUCCAUAGUAGAUACCGGCUCUGCCCCAAAAGCAUACAUAGUGAGGCUCUUGAGUUACCUACCAGGCAAAGUCGUGGCCACGAUCCCAAUGAGCCCUCCUCUUCUGUAUGAAAUUGGACAGCUGGCUGCCAGGCUAGAUAAAACGCUUGCAGAGAAAUUUCAACAUCCAUUGACAAGAAGUCUACAUCGAGGUAAAUUCAUCUGGAAUUUGGCUAAUGUCCCUCUUCUGGAGCAGUACAUUUAUGCGCUGGGUCAGAACAGAUAUUUGGAAGUGGUGAAGCAGGUGAUUGAGCAGUUCAGACUUCAAAUACUGCCAAAGUUAAGCUCUUUUCGGCCCUGUAUCAAUCAUGGAGAUCUCAAUGACCACAAUAUAUUAGUAGAUGUCAGCUCUAUUUCCCCUCAAAAUCCAUACUACAGAGUGUCUGGUAUUUUGGACUUUAGCGACAUGAGCUAUGGCUACUACGUGUUUGAAGUCGCAAUAACUAUCAUGUACAUGAUGAGUGUAAGCAAGGAUCCCCUCAAUGUGGGAGGCCAUGUCCUCGCAGGAUUUGAAAGCAUCAUCCCACUGACGACAGAGGAACGAAGCUCCCUGUUUCUCCUAGUGAGUGGGAGAUUUGUUCAGUCUCUUGUGAUGGCUGCACACACCACACUCUUGUAUCCCGAGAACAAAGAGUACUUAAUGAUUACAACCAAAACAGGAUGGAGACACUUGAUAAUGCUCUCUGAGAUGGGCCAAGAGACUGUUGAGAAUAUCUGGUUUGGCACUGCAAAAACUUAUGCCUGA